GAUCUCGCCGUCUCGCCGUUGCCCUCGCCGUUGCCCUCGUACUCUUUCACGCUUUCACCCCCUCGCUGGCUGCUCAUCGAAGAGUUAAAACAUCGAUUGUAUUGAUGUCACAAGAUAUGUCUCUUUGACGCGAUCUGCUCUUUCUUGAUUGAAGGCUGCGAGGUAUACUCGUACCUACCGGUACAGAUACACCCUUCCCAUUCCACUUCCACUCCUACUUCCACUUCCACUUCUGCCUCUAACCUUUCUAUUCCUCCCUCCAAUUCAAUCCAUACCAUCUUUUAUCAUCCUUCUCUUCACUUCUCUCUCUUUCCUACUACGAACACUUUAUUUAGAAUCUACAGUAUCGUAUCAUAAUGGAGAUAGCAGAGUAACAAAUUACUUUCAAUUUUAUCACUCGAUAAGCUUAAUUCUUUAUCUUAUCGGGAACUUUCGUUCGAGAACACGAAGUAUCAAACGCGAUCUGGACGCGCGAGGCUAUUCACUCAUCGCAACACCGUAUUGAAUGUUCGCGUCCAUUUAAUUAUUCAAACCCCAACGAGCUUUUGGAUUGCGCCAAACUUUCACAAUAGUUCAUCAUGUCUAGAAUAAAGAUCUCGGAAUCUCCUGCCCCUCGUUUUGGUGACGAUUUGUACGAAGCAUCCCCCGGGCCAAGUUAUCCACGAAGGACUUCCGAUAGCAUGGCUUUAUCUCCCUCUCCAGCCGCUUCUCUUUCGUCCGAUAAAGAGAACCACUCUUCGAGAAAUGUAACUGCUAACGGAAAAGGUCGCGCCGUAAGUGUUUCCAUGGGUCCACCACGAGCACCAUCACUCAUCAGCAAGAGAAAGCGCACUGGAACCACCGGCGAGGGAGACAAUUCAACACAACGCAACCAAAGAAGGCGCACAAUCGAAGCGCUUGAAGAUGACGACGAGGGGGAACAGGAUUAUGAUCCAGAUCAAAGUGUCGAAGAGAGAAGAAAGCUUCGGUCCGACUUGAGGGGUCUUUCAAGAGCUCUGCAAGAUAAUCGUGCCGAGUACCUUAAUGCAGAAUCGACGGGCAUCAAGGAUACAUUGCUCAAAGCAAACAAGCUAUCAGAGAAAGUUAAACAAACCUCGGAUGCAACAAUCGAUUCACGAUUGCUCGUUAGUACUGCAGACCUUGCCAAGAAGAAGACGCUGCGAAUGACAUCUGGUGACACCGCACAAGGAGUUGACGUGGAUGAUUUUGUUUCCAAAAUUAAGUUAUAUAUGGGAAGGGGUGAACGUUCGCAGGACCAUGCACCACGGAACACUCAGCGGAGUCGCCGGAAUGGUGCUUUAGAUGAAGAUGAUAGCGACAACGAUAAUGAUGGAGAGAUGCUUAACUGGGAACAUCUCGGGCGCAAUGCAUGUUUACCGAACAAUGCUCGCCCAUCAGUGCCUGGUUUUCUUCUCGGCCCCCUGUCUUUGCAAAAGCGUGCCCGCAGGGCUAUUGUUCGAAGAGCUCCCCUCAGACUAAACAAUCUUCACGAAAUACAACCGGAGGUUUUGCGAGCAGAUGAUAUCGAGAAAUCGGAGAAUGCAAAUCUAACUUAUUUGUGCACAAAAAUUCAAGACAGAUUGAAGGAAGUUCAGGCCAAGGCCUUCGAUGCUGCUGAGCUGGAGGCUACUGAAGACAUGUCUGAAGAAGAUGGUGUUGCGCUGAGGGAGAAGUAUGGUAUAUCGGAGAAUUGUAGCAUUGCAUAUUUCAAAUUUGUCAUCAAUCCAUUUUCCUUCGGCCAGACGAUUGAGAACAUGUUCUAUGUGAGCUUCUUGGUUCGGGAUGGUAAAGUAGAAGUUGAAAUAGACUCGGAUGGUCUCCCAUACAUAGGCGUCAGGGAUCCAAAAGACAAUGGAAGUUCUUCCCAUACAGCAAGACAUCAAGCAGUCCUAUCCCUCGACAUGCAGGAUUGGAAAGAAAUGAUCAACCUCUUUGAUAUCAAAGAGCCCAUGAUCGAUCAUAGAGAAGAACAAGACAAUAAUAAUAUUGGCGCCAAGGGAUGGUAUGCUUAAAUCAUGGUCUAAAGCAAUAAUACUUGGUGAGUUGAUUGGCAUUCGCUUUUUGAUGGGCGCAACAUGGCGUGAUUACAUAGGUUUCAUGCCUGGCUUAUGGGUGGAGUUUACUGUGAACAACCAAAAAGGAAUGGAUGGGAGCAUGGCUGGAUGAAUGUAUCAAGCAUCAAGUGGCGUAAAGGCGUCUUCUUAUAUGUUGUAGUUUUGUACCUUUUCAACGACGUGUAGGAAUUUGCUGCUACGUUGUAUAUACUGGAGGCAAUCCAGCAUGUCAUGUCGGCAAAUAAAAUCAAGCUCUAAUUUUAAAUAUUCUCGACAAAUCCCACAAUGUGUCGCGUGCUUCUAUGGUAUUUCUGUC